UUUAGGAAGUGAAGUGUGAUAUAAAGGGUUUUAGGUCGACAACCUCUUCUUGUUUUAAGUUCUAAAAAUAAUCAUUUCACGAUUAGACGGGAACCGAAACGUUUCGGGUUUAGUUUUAUUUAGAUUUAGUUUCUAUUCGAUUUUGUUUGAAAAUUUCCAAGUUGUAGGGGAAACUACCCCUGAAACGUACCCCACCCUACCGAAAUUUUCGCAUCCGCGCUACGACGCAAGUCGCGACAACCCCAGAGUUUGUAGAAAUCGCAAGUUUCCGCGUCCCCGUUAUUACCACCACAAAAUACGGCACUGAAACUAUUUUUUUAUUUCACCUUUUUUAAGGGUACAUUUAACGCUGUGAGAGUUGAGUGCGCUAUGGUAAGACGCGUUAAAUUUCGUUAAAAGUGAACUUCCGGUUCGAGGGGUGAUGAGAAGGAAACCUCGGCCUCGUUCCUCGGUGUGUGGGUGUCGUGGUGGUGACAGUUUGACUCCAUGUUUGAGGGGAUGUUUCGAUUAUUUUUCGGCGAUUUCGAAACGUUUUCGAACGUAAUGUUUUAUGAAAACGACAUCAAUCGAAAAUAGAUGCGUUUGAGGCCCCGGAACUCAUGGAACCCGGAAAAUACCCCCAAAAUCCUUCUCGAUGUGAUUUUUAGUUGGCUUUAUAGUAUUGGAUUAGAAGAAAUGUGGUAGGCGAGGGGGUAGGGGGUAGCGCCCCCUACAAUCCUGGCGCCACCAUUGAGGAUCAACACGGCGACCAAUACAGAUGUCUUAAUUUCGGGCCUAGGGCCAACACAAUGCCUACUGACGAAGACGGAUAUGGAAGAAGGCAAAUCCAUCAUCAGGCGACGUCCCCGGCGUCCCUCCAAUGUCCAGCUGGUUGUAAUACUUCGACUCUUGAGCAUACGCCAAGAAACCAACAAGAUCGUUUCGGUUCCGAACGAAGCAAUUCGGAUCGACUCCCUUCCGGGGAGCGGUACCAAGGUGUUUCAGAGCGGUACCCUUUGGGCGAAAGAAACACGAUGGUUUCAGUUUCUUCGGAUCGGCUCCAAAUUCAAAGUUGCGGCACCCAACAGCAACAAAUUUUUCAACCGGAGAGGUGUCAUUACGUGGAAAGGUUCGGAGGGAGAGGUUCCUACCACAUUUUGGAUCGCUAUUCUAGUGAUGUUAUCAAAACGUUACCUCCGGAGGUGUAUAAAAUUAAGGAGAGGAGGUACCAAAGAUUUUCCGAGUACGAAAGGUACCCAUCCGAACGAUUUUUACCAAUCCCUUGCCCGGAACAAAGGGUGCCAUAUUUGGAACCACCUUCCCCCGCUCCAGCAAGCGACCGAUUUAUCCCACCACCUCCUUUAUCACCGGCAAACACACCGAGUCCCGAAUGUUAUUCGGCGAACGCUUUCCCAUCACCAACCGCAACAAACCCAACACCAGAAAGGUUCAUCCCACCACCACCUCUAUCCCCAUCACCAACAGAAAAUUUUUCACCCAAGAAACUCGAAAGGUACGAAAAACGAUAUUACUCCUCAUCUUCAUCACCGAGUUACGAUAGAAUAAAAGAUACCACGCGGUACUACGACAACAGGUACCAUAACCUUCAAAAUUAUAAUAACACCUCCGAACGUUACGUACCGCCUCACGCUCAUAUUCCGGUUGAACGAUAUGUACCGCAACCGCAACAACCGGAGAGUUAUUACGGGGCCGCUUAUCAAACGUUCGAUCGUUACAAAUUUACCUCAUCAUCUUCGACGCCCUCUUCGAACGGCGAUCCGUAUAUGCGAAGGGACCUUCCCUAUCACUACCGACUUCCGGUACCGCAAUAUCAGGGCCAAUUCCAAAGGGUCCGAUACGUUCCGGCGCCCCGACCCAAAUGUUGCCAAUUCAACGAGCAUCACUUUCAAAAAUCUAGCCCCGGAUCUAGCUCGAGCAGCUCCGUUACCAGUCAAAGCAACAUCAACAACGCAACUUUAGAGUCCGGAAGUGGUAGUGUGGAGAUUCAGUGCCAAAGUUACUUCCACCAGCAGGAAAAGGCCGUGCAAUGCAACGGCGGUUAUCAAACCGGGACGACGCAACAAUCGGUUUCCGGGAAUGGUCAUCACCAUCACCAUCGAAAGGGACAACAACAACAGCAACAGUGUAGACACGGGAUUUGUUGUACUAAUAAUGGUGUUGGUGGGAUCGGUGUCGGGGUGGAGUAUGUGGGCCAAAGCGGCGGUAGACACGUGUGCGCCACUCCACCUCCACGGGGUAGUGUUAGUUCCGGCGAAGUGACCGUUUGCAGUGAUCAGUGUUGUGUUAAAAGGGGUCAAAAUACUUCUUUGGCGUUAACAGUAUGGAGAACGUCACCUCCUCAACAGCAACAAUUACAAGAACUACAACAAAUUCAACCACAAACAACAGUGACGACUACAUCUUCAAUUCAAACGCAACAAUUAAAAACGCCCACGAAAAAUCAACAAAACGAACAACCACAACAACAAAAUGUGGCACAAAAGCAACUUCAAAGGGCUGUUUCAAUGCCAGCACAGAGUGUUAAUGAAAGAUAUUCUCAACAACAACCACAACCCAGAGUGAAUUAUAGCCAAAGCGAGCGUAGACCCAGAAUUGUCAGGUCAACGUCAAGGAAAGAAGUUAUAAGGAAUUUUAUUAAAAAGGAGACUGCAAAUUUUUUUGGGGUCGAUGAAGAGAAUGAAAAUGAACAACAACAACGGUGGUUGGAUCGACGGAAACGGUUAGCUUCUAGGACUUAUGGACCAUUAAAAGAGGAUUAUUUACAAAAUCGGGAUACUUUAACUGAAAAUGAUGUGCAACAAAGAAGUGAUCGCCCGGAUGUUUUACCAGGACCAUCAGAUGUUACAGAUUUACCAUCUGAGCAAAUUCGAGAACCUGGGAAGAUACGGAGAAAAGAUUCUGUGGCUAGGAUGACAUGGGAUGGAUUAGCUUACGUUGUUACAACUUUAACAAGACAUCAAGGUCGUGCAAGGGCACAAACUGAACAAUGGUCGAGAAGUUACCCUGCGGAAAUACCAUCGGAUGCGGAAGCUCACGACGAAAGAUUGUUUUUCCAACGUUCAAAACGAUCGUUAUCACCUUCAGAGCAACGACAACCACAACAAGAACUAGCCGGAGGCGAUGUCAUCGAGAGGAUAGACGAAGCGGAUCACACGAAACCUUUAGAAACUUCACCGACGACGACGACGAGAACAACCUACAUUCCAAGAUCGUCGGGAUGGCGAAGAUCGCAUCAUUCAACUCCGGAAGAAUCGCGACAAGAUAUCGGAUGUAAUCGGAUAUUCACGCGACUUUUAGAUCGGGUUUUAGAUAAUUCCGAUCGGAGACAAUACGGGAUGGGUUGGGUUGGUAAAAUGUUUGGUCGUUCAACUCGCCGUUCGGUGAUACAAGACGAAACGAUAAAAGAACAAUUAGACGAUAUGGAAGAUUAUCGACCGAUGUUUACUUAUUGGGUCACAACAGUUCAAAUUCUCGUCCUUUUCAUUUCGCUGUUCUGUUACGGUUUGGGUCCCUUCGGUUUGGAUUUGCACGCAAAAUCAAGUCAGGUAUUGGUAACGAGCUUGUCGCUGCAACAAGUGGACUACAUGGAACCGGCGAAUUUUUGGUUCGGCCCCCGCGCCGCCGAUCUAAUCCAUUUAGGCGCGAAAUUCGCCCCCUGUAUGCGAGUCGACAACAAAAUCUUACAAGAUAUUGAAAAGCGGAGGGCGAAAGAGCGCGAAACUGCUUGUUGUAUACGAAACGAUGAUAGCGGAUGUGUCCAAUCGUCGCAAGCAGAUUGUUCGCUGUCAUAUUCGCCCAAUCAACUUGUACGUGGAAUACGUCCAUCGAAAACAAUUUCGACGUGGAAAAAAUGGUCUGCUGGAGAUUCCGGACCAGGGGGACGUAUUUCCGGUUCAGUUUGCGGAUUAGAUCCAAAAUUUUGUGAUGCUCCAGCUAGUGUCCACCCAUACGAAUGGCCCGAUGAUAUCACAAAAUGGCCAAUUUGCCGAAAAAAGACCACCUUGAUGUCGUCGACGCAAAAAAACGGCACUUCAAAAGAUAAAAUCGCCGAGCACAUGGUUUGCGAGGUGAUCGGACAUCCUUGCUGCAUUGGAAUCCAUGGGCAAUGCAAAAUCACCACGAAAGAAUAUUGCGAUUUCGUUCAAGGAACUUUUCACGAAGAAGCUUCGUUAUGUUCACAGGUGUCUUGUUUGAACGACGUUUGCGGAAUGAUUCCGUUUUACAUGCCCGAUACACCAGAUCAAUUUUAUCGGCUUUGGACAUCGUUGUUUUUACACGCUGGGAUCUUACAAUUGGUGAUAACCGUUUUGAUUCAAUACUUUUUAAUGCGCGAUUUGGAGAAAUUAACUGGAGGAUUAAGAAUUGGGAUUAUCUAUAUUGGAAGUGGCGUUGCGGGGAAUUUAGCGAGUGCAAUUUUUGUACCUUAUCGAGCUGAUGUUGGUCCGGCGGGUUCCCAAUUUGGUCUUCUAGCCUGUUUAAUAGUGGAAGUAUUAAACGCGUGGCCGAUGUUAAAACAUCCAAAUCAAGCGCUGUGUAAACUCCUUUCGGUAACGUUGGUUUUAUUUUUAAUCGGGUUAUUACCGUGGGUGGAUAAUUACGCGCAUUUAUUCGGGUUUGUGUUCGGGUUUUUACUAUCUUACGCUUUGUUGCCGUUCGUCUCGUUCGGGCCUUACGAUCGACAGAAAAAGAUCGUAUUAAUUUGGGUGUGUUUGUUAUCGGCGGGAUUCCUCUUUAUCUGUCUUGUAUUGUUGUUUUACAUAAUCCCGGUGUACGAUUGCAAAGCUUGCUCUUAUUUCAACUGCCUGCCGCUUACCGAGGAUUUCUGCGCAACGCAGAAUAUUAAUUUUAAGCGGCAGGAACCCAUAGUAUGACGAACGGCUAUACGGUUCACAACCGUAACAAUAAUAUUGAUAAUGGAAGAAAAAAUAGUUGGGAAACUUAAAAAAAUGGUGGAGAUGAAGAAAAUGAAAAAUGAGAUAAAAUGCGAUAAACAAAAAUGUUUUUAACGAUUUAAACAAAACAUGUGAUAAGGACGUCUGCUGCAUACAAUUUUUUUUUGGUGGUUACAGACGGUGGUUUAUUUCUAUGGUAUACAUAUUUAAAGAAAUAUGGAAAAUGAUAAAAAACAGGAUAAAACAUGAGGAUAUAGGUAUAUGAAAAUUAUAUAUAUACAUAUUUAAUUAUAAAGACGUCGUAUAUACGCGUGCAUACGUUGUAAAAAUUUAAAAAAUGAUACUGUGCAAUAUUUUUAAGGAUUUAUUUACCUUUGUUUUGGUUAAGAUUGAUUUUUAUUGCAACGAAACUUGAUUUGAUCAAAAAUACAAUCU